AUGCCGCGCUGCUACAUGGUGAAGAAAGGCUCCCAGAGGCAUGAUGCCCCCCCACCCCGCAGCCCCACCGAGGCCACGGUCGCCCCCCCUUGUUACAGUCCUGCUGAACAUUCUGCUGUAACAGAACCGCGCGCCACUGAAUAUGCGGAGCUGGGCGGGGCGGUGUCCGGGCGCUCGGCGGCAGACACGGAGGCUGCGCACGACCUGCUCUCCCUCGCGCAGAGCCUCCCCCCGCUCCCCCCCGCCACUGUUGUCACGGUCCUCCAUGCCCCUGACCCCACGCCCGUCGUCCCAGUCUACACGUACACCAUACAACCCACCAACAUCUACAUUCUAACUGAAGAACCACCUGAACCCAUCUACCAAACGGUCCAAACCGUCACUCCUCUCCAGCCGAUCGAGUACACUGUUGAACCGCCCAUCAGCUACGUAUAUGAAACUACCCCGCCGCUCUCCAUCGAACCGGCGCCUGACUACAUCGAAAUCGAGGCCGGACCUGAAGGAGAACUCGAGCAGGAAGCGGAGUCCGAGCACGCGGCCGAGACGGACGCCGGGCAGGUCCCGGCCAAGGAGAAAACAGCAAAGUAUGACUGUAACGAAUGCGGCAAAAGAUAUGCCACAUCGUCGAAUCUGUCGCGGCACAAACAGACGCACCGCAGCCUGGACUCGGUGGCGGCCAAGCGGUGCGGCGAGUGCGGCAAGGCGUACGUGUCCAUGCCCGCGCUCGCCAUGCACGUGCUGACGCACCGCAUGGGGCACGUGUGCGGCGUGUGCGGCAAGCAGUUCUCGCGGCCGUGGCUGCUGCGCGGUCACCUGCGCUCCCACACCGGGGAGAAGCCCUACAACUGCGCGGCGUGCGGCAAGGCAUUCGCGGACCGCUCCAAUCUGCGCGCUCACCUGCAGACGCACUCCUCCGACAAGAAGUUCGAGUGCACUCGCUGCCACAAGAGCUUCGCGCUCAAGAGCUACCUGAACAAGCACCAGGAGUCGGCGUGCGUGCGCUCCGAAGACGAGUGA